GUUGAAACACAUUUGUUGUUGCUAAUCAUUCAUUGAUUGCAACGGAUAUUCGAAAUUUUUUCCGAAUAAAUUUGUUCGUCAUUUUUAUUUAUUACUUUCAUUACUGAAUUCAUCGAAUAACGAUAUUGUUUUCAGGUCCAAAAUGUGGACCAAUUUUGUUCUGGCAAUUUUGACUUUUAUGUCAAUUUUUCAAUCAAAUUUAUCGGAUCCAGUUUAUACGAUUGUUUCUCCAUCAAAACUACGUCCAAAUUCUGAUUAUCAUCUUAGUAUUCAACUUGAGAAUACAACACAAUCAGCAUCAUUCGAUAUUAGCAUCAGUGGUCCAUCCACACAAUCCAAUUUUAAUCGAAUUGAUAGUACUGUCACAGUUCGACCAUAUGAAUCUAGAAUUAUUAAUCUUGAAAUUGGCGAAUGGGCCAAAGGAAACUAUAAAUUAAUUGUUAAAGGUCGAACCGAUGGUGAACCAAGAUAUGAAUUUGCUAAUGAAACUGAUUUGGAAUUUGAUUCAAAAUCUUAUUCGAUUUUUGUACAGACGGAUAAAGCCGUCUAUAAACCCGGACAAAUUGUUCGAUUUCGUACCAUCAUUGUAAAUCCAUCAUUAAUACCGAAUCUGGCCGGUAGUUUGGAUAUAUUCAUAAAAGAUCCGAAAGAUAAUCUAAUUAAACAGUGGAAACGAAUAUUUACUCAUCGUGGUGUUGUAUCCGAACAAUUUGCUCUUUCUGAUCAGCCUCCUUUGGGUGAUUGGACAAUUAGUGUCGAAGUUGCCGGUGGACAAAAAUUAGAAAAACAUUUUUCUGUUGCGGAAUAUGUUCUUCCUACAUUUUCAGUGGAUGUAUUGUUACCACCUUAUGCCACUUACAAUCGUUCAGAUGUUGUGGCUACUGUGAAGGCCACAUAUACUUAUGGCAAGCCAGUUCGUGGUGAUGUUACCCUUACUGUUCAACCUUUACUUCGUCAUUCAUCUAUUACAUUUCGCCCGUUGGAACAAUUUCAAACAAAAAUACGACUUGGAGCGGAUGGUAAAGUAGACAUUCCAAUUAAUAUAGUUCGUGAUAUGAAUCUUAGAACCGAUUUCUUCGAUCGUGAAAUCGAGUUCUUUGCCCUGGUCGAAGAAACGUUAACUGGACGAAAAUAUAACAAAUCAUCCGUUCUGAAAAUCUAUCAUAAAGAGGUAAAAGUGGAAAUGAUUAAAACAGCAAAAACGUUUAAGCCUGGAUUGAAAUAUACCGCUUUCAUUAAAGUUGCCUAUCAAGAUGACACUCCUGUAGAUAACGAUGGUCCGCCGGUCAUUCUUAGCUAUGGAUAUUCACAUCACGAGGAUGAAUGGAAUAAUACGAUCAAAAAAGUGCCACAUAACGGUAUCAUUCAGAUUGAUUUUUAUCCACCUAAGGAAAAGGGAAAGAUUGGUGUUAUUGGAUUGAGUGCAGAAUAUCGUGGACAAACCUAUUUUCUAGAAUCAAUCAAUGUUGCACAAUCACCAUCAAUGAAUUUUAUUCAGGUGAUCAUGAAACAAGAAAAUCCAGAACAUGAUAAUAUUUUCCAAAAGAAACCAUUGCGCGUUGGUGAUGAAAUCACAUUCAUCGUGAAUGCAACUGAACCAUUCGAUAAUCUUGUAUAUGAAGUAAUGGCCAAAGGUGAUCUGGUAUUGGCUCGAAAUAUUCGAUCCGGACCACCUGGACGAACAAUCGAACAGAUUGUCAUUACAAUCACUCAUCGAAUGACACCCAAAGCUCGUCUUCUUGUUUACUAUAUACGCGAUGGCAAUAAAGAAAUUGUAGCCGAUGCGUUCAAUUUCAAUGUAGAUGGUUCAUUUAAAACACCGGUAUCAAUUUCAUCAAACGUAAAUCAAACUAAACCAGGCGGUUUGGUAAACAUAGAAGUACGAACUAAACCAUCCGCUUAUGUAGGAUUACUCGGUGUUGAUCAAAGUGUUCUAUUACUCAAAUCUGGUUUCGAUAUCACCCAACAAGAUGUAUUAAAUGAAUUAGAAUCUUAUGAUUCGGGCAAUCAAAAUCCAUUUGAUUUAUAUCCUAGAUAUUGGCCAUGGUCGGCGGCUACAACUGCUGCAGAUAUAUUUUCUGAUUCAGGUGUAGUCAUAUUGACCAACAGUCUAGUUCAUCAAUAUGAACACAAAAGAACAGGAAAACGAAUUUUUUUUGCUGCUGAUGGUGGUGGUAUUAUUGUUAAUAAUCAAAGACGUGGAGAUUUGAAACCAUUAGCUGCGAUUCGAUUGGAUGAUAUGAUACUCGAACAUCGAUUACAGCCACCCGAUUUUAAAUUGACACCAAAAUCGGAAUCACGAAUUGUUUUGCGUAAAACUUUUCCCGAAACUUGGAUCUGGGCUAAUCUCACUACCGGCAAUGAUGGUCUAGCAAGAUAUUCGGAUUCGAUUCCCGAUACUAUCACAUCAUGGUAUGUAUCAGCAUUUGCAGUUGAUUCAAUUACUGGUCUAGGUAUUGCACCUGAUGCGCUUAAGAUUAAUGUGUUUCGACCGUUUUUCAUAAAACUUUCGUUACCUUAUUCAAUAAUACGUGGCGAAUCAGUCUCUAUUCAAGCAAUUGUUUUUAACUAUCAAAACAAACCAAUCACAGCUGAAGUUGUAAUGGAAAAUCAAGCUGAUGAAUUUGAAUUUACUAACGCUGCCAACGAAAUUGAAUUUGCUGGCGAACAAAAUGUUCGUGAAAAACGGAAAUCGGUUACGAUUGCUUCUUACGAUGGUGUUUCGGUCAAUUUUCUGAUAACGCCUAAAAAAUUAGGAUUUAUCAAUAUUCGUAUUCGAGCCAGUGCCGAUUUGAUUGGCGAUGCUGUUGUACAGAAAUUACUUGUCAAACCUGAAGGUCAAACUCAAUACUUCAACAAAGCUAUGUUUAUAAACGCUGUGAAUCAACAAGAUCGAACAUUGAUCAAACGAAAUGUUUCAAUAGAAAUACCACCGAAUGCCGUUCCUGGUUCAGUUCGCAUUAUGGUUUCAGGUAUCAGUGAUAUAUUAGGUCCAACCGUCAAUCAUUUGGAUGAUCUUCUUCGUAUGCCAUAUGGAUGUGGUGAACAGAACAUGAUCAAUUUGGUGCCAAACAUUGUCGUCACCAAUUACCUUGAACGUGUCAGACGCAUGACAGAAGCAAUACGUGCUAAAACCAAGAAUCAUAUUGAAACAGGCUAUCAACGUGAAUUAACUUAUCGACGUGAUGAUGGUUCAUUCUCGGCAUUCGGUCAAUCGGAUAAAGCCGGUUCAACUUGGUUGACAGCGUUUGUUACUAAAACAUUCAUACAAGCACGACCACACAUUGAUGUGGACAAUGCUAUUAUCACAAAAUCGAUUGAAUGGUUAUUGACACGACAACGAAAAGACGGAAGUUUUGCUGAAUACGGUGAAGUUCACAACAAAGCACUUCAAGGCGGUUCUGCCAUCAAACCUAGAGCAGCUGACGAAAGUGAAGAUGCCGAAACUAAUGAUAAUGCCGGUGCAUUAACAGCUUUCGUAUUGAUUGCAAUUCUUCACGAAACAAAAUCUGAUCCAAUUCGCGUUCGUCAUGAAUCAGCUUUACAACGUGCAGCUGAUUUUGUUUAUUCACGUGUAUCCAGUUCAACUAGUCCAUAUGAAGUUGCCAUCGGGAACUAUGCCUUGCAUCUGGCCGAUUCGCAACAUAAAGAUGUGGCUCAUAAAAAAAUGAUGGCCAUGGUUAAACAAGACCCAGAUUCUUUGAUGUACUGGUCGAUACGAUCCGAUCAAGAACAGAACAAAACAAGUGAUCGGUUGAAAAUUGUUGCAUCGGAUUAUCUACUCUAUCCGAAUGCUGUCGACAUUGAAGCCACUUCAUAUGCUAUACUUACAAUGGCUUUACGAUCCGAAGUUGAUCAAGCUAUUCCGGCACUUCGUUGGUUGAUUUCAAAACAAAAUUCCAACGGAGGUUUCUCUAGUACUCAGGAUACCGUUAUCGGAUUGCAAGCAUUGGGUGCCAUUGCCGAACGAAUCUCUACUGCCACCGUCAAAAUGGCAGUGAAUAUCAAACAUGGAAAUGCUAAAGAUGGUGAUUUGAGCACUAAUCCUGGUCCACAACAAGUCUUGUAUUUUAAUACGGAUAAUGCACUUGUACUUCAACAAAUUCAAUUGGAUUCAGAAAAAACAGAAUGGGUUCAAUUAGAAGCAGCUGGAUUUGGUACAGCCAUUAUUCAAGUAUCAUACCAAUACAAUCUAGCUGUGUCGGCGGAAAAACCGGCUUUUUUCCUAAAUCCACAGAAAGAUAAAACAUCGACAGAAAAUUAUCUCCAACUUAGUAUUUGUACUUACUACAAGGAAGGUAAUUCGACCAACAUGGCUGUUAUGGAAGUUGAAUUACCAUCAGGUUACAAUGCAGAUGUCGAUGCAUUGCCCGCAGCUACUCGAGCUAAAGAAGUGAAACGUGUUGAUACAGCAAAUAAUGAUGGCACUGUCAUUGUUUAUUUUGAUAGGGUUACGCGUGAUGAACUAUGCAUUACUGUACCAGCACAUCGAACUCAUCAUGUUGCAAAUAAUAAACCAGUUCCGGUUACUAUCUAUGAUUAUUAUGAUCGUUCCAAAUUAUCAAGAAUAUUCUAUGAACCAACUCUAGUGACGUUUUGUGAUAUUUGUCCACAAAAUGAAAUCGAAUGUCGGGCUCGUUGCAGUCAGCGUCAAAGUCAACGACAACAACGACAACGUAAUGAUGAAUACAGCAGGUCAGGUACUACUUCGUUUGAUCGUUAUGGUGAACGGGAAUGGGAAGAUGGCACAAAUCAUUCUUCAAAUCCAAUUCGAUCAGCUAUCCUCAUCAAUGUUAUCCUUAUAACAUUUACUACGAUCUUCAAUUUCAUUUACUUAUAAGCCAAUCGUCUAAAGAUGAUCCUGUUUGUCAACUGAAUCUGGUCAUUUUUCAUUCUCUCACUCACUCCCUCUCAUCAUUUAAUUUUAAA